AUCUGGGUCACGGUGCUAGGCCGCGAGGAACCCUCAGUGAGGCUCACCCUCCGCCCCCUCGCGGCGAGGUGCCUUGCUCCCCUGGCUUCUCCCGCCCCCCACGGGUCUCCUCCCACUGUUGAAAGCUGCCCGGGAAAGUGGUGGCGGGAGCGGGCCUGGGCCGGAGCGCAGCGUGGACCCGGCUGCGUGUUGCGAGGCUCAGGAGGAGGGUGGCCGACAUGACGGCCCCGGGUGCAAGCCCCCUGGCGCCGCUGUUGGAGACUUUGGAAGACCCUUCCGCCCCCCUUGGAGAGCAGACCGACGCUUACCUGACUCUGACCAGUCGAAUGACUGGAGAAGAUGGAAAAGAAGUCAUUAUGGAAAUUGAGAGAAAACUUUCUCGGCUAUUCAGAGUUUUAAAAAUUCACAUUUCCAGUCAAAACUCAGACCUCAGUAGUGCUGCUCUACAGGCCUUGGGGUUUUGUUUGUAUAAUCCCAAAAUUACCUCAGGAUUAUCAGACACAGAUAUUGAAGAACUGCUUUUAAAAUUGAAUGAUAGUGUUAAGAGCUCAGACAAAAAUGUACGUACUAGGGCACUUUGGGUGAUAUCCAAGCAGACGUUUUCCACUGAAAUCAUUGGCAAAGUAGUAUCCACUAUAAUUGAUUCAUUAGAAAUAGUAUUUAAUAGAGGAGAGCUGCAUUCUGCUGUUGUUGAUUAUGAAGCAUUAAAUGUCAUCAUAAGGCUAAUUGAACAAGCCCCAGUUCAAAUGGGAGAAGAGUCAAUUAGGUGGGCAAAACUGGUCAUACCGUUAGUGGUUCAUUCAGCUCAAAAGGUACAUUUGAGAGGAGCAACUGCUUUAGAGAUGGGAAUGCCGUUGUUGCUUCAAAAACAACAAGAAAUAGCAUCUAUCACAGAGCAGCUUAUGACUACUAAAUUACUUUCAGAACUCCAAAAGCUAUUUAUGAGUAAGAAUGAGACUUAUGUGUUAAAAUUGUGGCCUUUGUUUGUCAAACUUCUUGGGAAGACCUUGCAUCGAAGUGGGAGUUUCAUUAAUUCUCUAUUACAGCUGGAAGAACUAGGAUUUCGUAGUGGAGCACCCAUGAUUAAAAAAAUAGCAUUUAUUGCCUGGAAGAGUUUAAUAGAUAAUUUUGCUUUGAAUCCAGAAAUAUUAUGCAGUGCGAAAAGACUGAAGUUGUUAAUGCAGCCUUUGAGUUCCAUCCAUGUGAGAACAGAAACUCUAGCACUAACAAAACUAGAAGUCUGGUGGUAUUUACUAAUGAGACUUGGACCUCAUCUUCCUGCUAAUUUUGAACAGGUGUGCGUGCCUCUGAUUCAGAGUACAAUAAGCAUCGAUUCUAAUGCUUUACCUCAAGGCAGUUCAUCUCGUGUAGCUACUUCUCCCGGUUUAAAUCCCAUGACUCCUAUACACAAAGGUGCUUCCCCAUAUGGAACUCCUGUAACUCCUCGGAUGAACUUAAGUUCAAAUUUUGGUGGAAUGGCCACAAUCCCCUCUAUUCAACUUUUGGGACUUGAAAUGCUGCUUCAUUUUUUGUUGGGUCCAGAAGUCUUGAGUUUUGCUAAGCAAAACAAACUUGUACUGAGCUUAGAGCCACUCGAACAUCCAUUAAUCAGCAGCUCUUCUUUUUUUUCCAAACAUGCAAGUACGCUUAUCACUGCUGUUCAUGAUAGCUUUGUUGCGGUUGGAAAAGAUGCUUCUGAAGCAGUUGUCAAUGCUAUUUGGAAGGAACUAAUUAGCUUGAUGAAAUCAAUCAUUGAAUCAGGUAACAAAAAAGAGAGACCAGGUUCUGAAGUUUUGACCCUCUUACUAAAAUCGUUAGAAAGCAUAGUAAAGUCAGAAGUAUUUCCUGUAUCAAAAACAUUGGUCCUCAUGGAAAUUACAAUUAAAGGACUGCCCCAGAAAGUAUUAGGUUCACCAGCAUAUCAGGUUGCUAAUAUGGAUAUUCUUAAUGGGACUCCUGCUUUGUUCUUAAUUCAGUUAAUUUUCAACAAUAAUCUCCUGGAAUAUGGUGUAGAAGAUGAAAGGUUUUUUCUCAAUCUGGAAACACUUGUAGGCUGUGUCCUUUCUGGACCAACUUCACCACUAGCUUUCAGUGACUCUGUUUUAAAUGUUAUUAAUCAAAAUGCAAAGCUGUUGGAAAACAAGGAGCAUCUCUGGAGAAUGUGGAGUAUUAUAGUCACCCCACUAACUGAAUUGAUUAAUCAGACCAAUGAAGUGAAUCAAGGUGAUGCCUUAGAACAUAACUUUAGUGCCAUAUAUGGUGCAUUGACUUUACCAAUAAACCAUAUAUUUUCAGUACAGAAAUUUCCAGUGGCUACCAUGAAGACCUUACUUAGAACUUGGUCAGAAUUAUAUAGAGCAUUUGCCCGCUGUGCUGCUUUGGUGGCAACUGCAGAAGAGAAUUUGUGCUGUGAGGAACUUUCUUCCAAGAUCGUGUCCAGUUUAGAAGAUGCAGGCUUUUCAAAUUUGUUGCUCUUAGAUAGGAUCAUUCAUAUUAUUACUGUAAUGGUUGAUUGCAUUGACUUCUCACCAUAUAAUAUUAAAUAUCAGCCAAAAGUUAAAUCACCACAGAGACCUUCAGAUUGGUCCAAAAAGAAGAAAGAACCUUUAGGGAAAUUGGCUUCUUUAUUUAAACUUAUUGUGAAAGUGAUCUACUCUUUCCAUACUCUGAGCUUCAAGGAAGUACAUUCUGAUACUCUCCUCACUGUUGGCAACUCAGUCACCAGUAUUCUUUCCAAAGUACUUGGACGUAUUUCUUUGCCUUCUAUGAUCCGAAAAAUAUUUGCAACUUUAUCAAGACCUCUGGCAUUAUUUUAUGAAAACUCAAAGCUUGAUGAAGUUCCUAAAGUGUAUAGUUGUAUGAGCAACAAGUUAGAAAAGCUAUUAGGAGAGAUAAUUACUUGUCUGCACUUCAGUUACACUGGAACUUAUGACAGCGAACUUCUUGAACAGAUCUCUCCAUUAUUAUGCAUAAUAUUUUUGCACAAGAAUAAACAGAUACGAAAACAGAGCGCUCAGUUCUGGAAUGCCACAUUUGCUAAAGUGACGAUGUUGACUUAUCCUGAAGAGUUAAAACCAAUAUUAAGACAAGCCAAACAGAAAUUUCUGCUCUUCUUGCCUGGUUUGGAAAAUGUUGAAUUUAUGGAGGAAUCCAGUGGCCCAUACUCAGAUGGAACAGAGAAUUCACAGUUAAAUAUGAAGAUAAGUGGCAUGGAAAGAAAAUCAAGUGGAAAAAGAGAUUCUUUUUUGGGACAAACAAAGGAUGCGAAAGAAAAUAUGAAACCACCAGGCCAAUUGAAAUUAGAGUCGCCUUCUCCAAAAACAAAGAGUGAAAUGCCUUUGGAAGAAGAAAAGUCUGUCGACUUUGUGUUUAUACCUUCCGAAGGAAAAGAAGCAAAGGAAAGAAUACUAACUGAACAUCAGAAAGAAGUACUCAAAACAAAGAGGUGCGAUAUUCCUGCCAUGUAUAAUAACCUGGAUGUUUCACAGGAUACUUUGUUUUCUCAGUAUACUCAUGAAGAGUCUUUGGAAGUUCCUACUUUAAGUGAAAAAUCAAAGGAAGAUUCCAAGGUGGUAUUUAAGGAGGAACAAAUGGAGAGUGACAUUGUCAUUCCUCAAGAUGUCACAGAAAACUGUGGUAUGGAUGAACAUCCUGAAAAGGGUUCCCUUUCAAAUAAUGAGAGUGGUUCUAUUGAAGAAACCAGCCCAGACAUACUGAGCAGUAAUAAUGAUGCCAGAAAGAAAGCUUUAAUUUCAUCAAUGAAAACACCAGCUGAAUGUGCAUCUAGUGCAGAAAAUACUUUUGGUGUCAACAGUAGCUCAGUUUCUAAUGUCAUCAUUUCUGGAACUCCCCCACAGCCUACAAGUCGGAGGCAAACUUUUAUUACUUUGGAGAAGUUUGAUGGUUCAGAAAAUAGACCUUUUAGUCCAUCUCCUUUAAAUAAUAUGUCAUCAACUGUUACAGUGAAAAAUAACCAGGAAAACACGAGUAAAACAGAUAUUCCAUCAAAAACAAAGAAAAGAGAAAUAGCUCUUGUAAAAUCUGACUCUGAAAAAAUAGUGCAUGGAAUUAAGAGAUCAAGCCGAAAGUCGAGUAAAGGUGAACAAACUGGGAAUAAAAGGUCUAAGCUCUUAAUGAGAUCUGAGCAGGAGAAAAAUACUCAGGAAUCUGUUGAUGGAAUGGUAGCCUUAGAAAAUAACCAACCUGGUUUGCUUAAUCAGACAGAAUGUAUGUUAGAUAAUAACCAUACUCAUCUCUCUGAAUCUGCAGUGGAGUAUGAGGAUAUGGUGCUUAAGCCAACAAUAGAAAAUGCAGUGUUAUUAGAAAACAGUACUGUAGAAGACAAAACAUUAGGAAUUAAUUUAGAAUCCAAAGAAAAUACACCCCCAACUGCAACACCAGCAGAUCAAAUAGUAGAUGAGGAUAGUACUAUUCAGAUAACUCCAAGCCAGAAAACCCUUAGACGAUCGUCAAGGCGACGUUCAGAAAUAGCAGAGCCCACCACUGACAGCCAAGAGAAAGAAAAUAAUCAAAAAAAAGAGAGACGUAAAGAAGAAGAAAAACCUCUUCAGAAGAGCCCAUUGCAGGUAAAAGAUGACUUGUUACUUAAGCAAAAACUGAUUUCUGAACAAACUGUGCAGGAAAAUGUAGAGAAAGGGGCUAACUUACAUGAGAAGACUUUUGGGGAAACCAGCACUAAUGCUGAAACUGAUGAAAGUAAAAGAAAGCUAGACCUUGAGAAUAUUAAAUCUGAGGGCGAUGGUGCUCAGGACAUUGCAGAAAAGUCCUCUGAAAAACCAGUAAGUGGACGAACACGGUAUCAAACAAGAAGAGCAUCCCAAGGUUUACUGUCCAGCAUUGAAAACUCAGAAUCUGAUAGUUCUGAGGCAAAAGAAGAAGGGUCUAAAAAGAAGAGAUCUGGAAAAUGGAAAAACAAAAGCAGCGAUAGUGUUGACAUUGAAGAUCAAGAAGAGAAAGUGGUAAAACAAGAAUGUAUAAACAUUGAAAACCAGACACUUGAUUGUAAAGCAAAUUCUGACGUAGACAGAGACAUAAAAUCUCAGAUUUGUGAACAAAAAGAUGAGAGUAGUGUAACUCUUGAAGAUUCUACAGUAUCUUCAGAUUUAUUGCAGGUUUCUGAUGACGUAUCAAAUACUUAUGAGGGAAAAAUCAAAACCAACAAGUGUGCAGAAUAUUCUUUUUCAAACCCAUCAGUGCCAGAAUCAAAUCUCAGGACUAGAAAUGCCAGUAAGAGAUUACAAAAACGAGAUUCUGUAGAAAAUAACAGUGUGGGAGAAUCUUCAAAAAUAGGGACAUCAGACAUUUCUUUGCUUUCUGAAAAAUCUUCUCAAAUACUUGAAUGCCAACAUAAGAGAAGUAGGAGGGUAAGGCGAUCUAAAAGUUGUGAGUGCUGUGGAGAAAAAUCACAACCUCAGGAAAAGUCACUCAUUGGGUUAAAGAAUAUGGAAAAUUACGAUAUAAAGGUCACUGAAACAAAAAAGACAGACAUGCAAACAGCUGUACCUGUGUCAGAAACUUCUAAAGUUAAUCUGUACUCGGAGGUAAAACUUUCAGAUGAGCAUCAUGCUGUGAAUUUUCAUUUGGGUCUCAAGGAGGAGAAUGAUACUGUUAAUGAUUCGUUAGUCCUAUCUGAGACUGAGUUCAAAGAAGAUACUGUCCAAAACCCUCUUCCUUCCGAAGUAGUGAAUUUUGAACAAGAAACUUGUGAUACGAAUUCUGCAGAAGCAACAUCUCUUGAGAGCCAAGGGCCGUCCAAUAAAAAGUGUAAAACUGUUGGCCCAUCUUUAGAUGAUUCCAGAGAUAAUUCACUGGAAUAUUCUACUUUGGAGGUUAACAAAGAAAAGCCAGAGGCUGUCCUGGAGAAGGAACUAACAAUAGAGAACAUUGCCAGUGUUGAAACAAAUGCAUGUGAAGCUGAAGCAAUAUUUAAUCCAGAAGUAGUAGAAGCUGUUGAAUUGGAUACAGAAAGUGAUCAAUCUGAAGCAGGCUUAUCUGAACAAAAGGAUGCCAAAAUUGUUGUUUUUGAAGAAGAGGUAAUGGAGAUAAACAGUGAAAGAUGUGAUAACUCUGAAGCAGAGGCAGCUGAAGAACCAAAUGCCGAAGAAACAGUAACUAAAGAAUUUAAUUCUGGUAUUGGUUAUUCUGAUGAUACCACACCUGUAAAAGUGAGUGCUCAGGCAGAGAUACCUGAACAAACAGCAGUUGGGGAAUUAGAUGAAGGAAGUGAUGAAUCUAGUCCAAACUCAUCUGAAGAAAUGAAUGCUAAAAUGGAAAAUUAUGAAGAGACAGUGAUUAGUGAGGUAAAUGCUGAAGCUGACCAAGUCAGUGAAACAGAGGAUGGGGACUUGACUACUGAAAUAUCUACUAAGCUUGUACAGGCCAAUACAAAGACAUUGACUAUGGGAAUCGACAGCUUUGUUUUCAAUACACUUGAGAUGAGUAUUGAAGAAGGAAAGGUAGACUCUAAUAAAACUGAAGCAAAUAUUGAACUUAGUAAGUCUGAAGAAACAUUAGAUGACAAUCAAAUGGUAGAAGGGAAUGAUGAAAUUUUACAAGAAGUUCACCCUACUUCAGAGAAAGUGGAGGAAACCUCACAGUCUCUGACAUCCGAAACAGCCAUCUCCGAACUAAUAACAGAAGACAAUAAUGCAUCUCCUCAAAAAUUAAGGGAACUUGAUCCUUUACUUCUAUCAGCAAAUGGCAGUCCUAGUGGCAUGCAGACACGCUGUGUCUGGUCUCCUUUGGCUUCUCCAUCCACCAGCAUUUUAAAGAGAGGAUUAAAAAGACCACAUGAAGAUGAGAUAUCGUCACCUGUUCACAAGGUUCGCCGUGUCUCCUUUGCAGAUCCAAUAUACCAAGCAGGAUUGGCAGAUGACAUUGAUAGGCGAUGCUCUAUCGUUAGAUCCCAUUCUUCAAAUAAUUCUCCCACAGUAAAAAGUGUUAAAACUUCACUUACACAAUCUAAGCAUAAUGCCACUUCAACCAAAGGAUUUCUGUCCUCAGGAUCACGUAGCCCUAAAUUUAAGAGCUCAAAGAAGUGUUUAAUUACAGAAAUGGCUAAAGAACCUGUGCCAUGUCCAGCAGAAAGUGUUUACCCAGCUUUGGUGAACUGUGUGGCUCCAGUUGAUAUCAUUUUACCUCAGAUUACAUCAAAUAUAUGGGCAAGAGGACUGGGACAGCUCAUUAGAGCUAAGAAUAUAAAAACAAUUGGUGAUUUGAGUACUCUUACAGCAUCUGAAAUAAAAACUCUUCCUAUCCGUUCUCCAAAAGUGUCCAAUGUAAAAAAGGCUCUCAGAGUUUAUCAUGAGCAACAGGUAAAGUCUCGUGGACUAGAAGAGAUACCAGUUUUUGAUAUUUCUGAAAAAACAAUAAAUGGAAUACAAACUAAAUCUCUCCCUUCUGAUGAAGAAAGACUUGCCUCAGAUUUAAUUGAUCCUGUUGCUUUAGAAACUUCAUUACCUAAAAAUCUUAUGGCACAGAUUAGUGCACUUGCUGUUCAACUGGAUUCAGAAGAUCUCCAUAAUUAUUCAGGAAGCCAGCUGUUUGAAAUGCAUGAGAAACUUGGUAGCAUGGCAAACUCAAUAAUAAAAAAUUUGCAGUCACGCUGGAGGUCACCAGCGCAUGAAAAUUCCAUUUAGUAUCUUAAGAGAAAAUUGAAGGUUUUUUGUUUUUUUUAACAUCACUGGAUUUUUUUUGAUUCAUAAAAUAAGUUCUGAAAUACAGCACAGUUUCAGUCUGUUUGCAAAGUUGAUAUUUCAAACCCUGAAGGGCUGUGACUUAUUACGUAAGUUCAGUUUGUGAGUUCAUAUGUAAAAUUUUUGUUCAUACAACAUUUUCUUGGCUGCUAUGCAUAGCUUUUUGAAAAAUUUAAAUACCUUGCUGAAACCUGAAAAGCAAAAACUAGAAACAAAAGCAUUUUAUUUUACACGUCUUAAACUCCUGGAUAUUCUGAUGAAAUGUUCAUGUAAAAUACGUUAUUUUAAGUAAAAUUGAACAUUUCUAUUUGAAUUUUUGCUGAACUGGUAAAACUGUUUAUACUUUUUUUUUUUUUUUAAUUUAUAUUUGUUGUGCCUGAGGUUUAAGAAAUUUGUUCUUUGUAGAACACCUCAAAGGAGAUGCAGAAGAACUGAAAUGUUUUUUCGCAGAUGUCAAUUUUGGACACAUUUCAAAAAAAAUACCAAAAGUUGCAACUUUUGGGGUUAAUAUAUUAAAGCCGAAUUUACUAAAAUUCCAUUCAUUUGCAUUAGCAAAUAUUUGUGCAACAGCAUUGGUGAAAAUUUAGUCGUUUGAGACCUACCCCAUUCAUUUUAAAAUGCAUGACUAUUUGUACAUUAUGUAUAGAUUUAAAUGUUUUUAAUUUAUAAAUUUCAGCCUUUGUUAAUGGCAUGAAUUUUUCUGCAGCUACUUGUGAAUACCUUUAAUAGAAACCUAUUUUGUAUAUAUUAAAUGCUGAGAGAUCAGUAUGGACAGUUAGAAGUGAUUUGUGGGGUUGCUGCAGAUGAUUGUAGGAUUCUGUAUCUACAAAUACAAAUAGUUUUGUACUUAGUAGUCUUAGUAAAAACAUGAGUUUAUUUUCUAAAGUAACCAGAAUGAGUUAUAGAGAUGAGAAAGUGUUACAUAAGAACUUUGCUAUUCAUACCUAUAUAUUUUUUUUUUUUUUUUGGAAGGAGGGUGUCCACCACUAGAAAACGUGCUUCAUCACAUUUCUUUUUAAUGGAGAGUUAGUAUGACUAUUUUUGUUACAACUUGGACUAUAAGAAAUCUAGACUUUAUCUGCUCUUUUCACCUACACCUAAAGCAAACUUGGAAGAAAUUUGAAAUUGUUCUUUUGAAAUAUGUAUGUUUUGCCUAGUUUAAAAGAAUAGGGUGUAUAUAAUUAAAACGUUUGUAAAUUUUACCAUCUAGUAUUAGUGCCUGACUUCCCACAUUUGUUUCGUCUCUUCACAGUGAGAAUAUCUCAUUUGCUCUCUGAAUAGAAUGAGUGAGUGACCUCAGUUUCAUCCUUUAUUCAGAACUUAACCAGAUUGAAAAGGCACCCAUUAUUCAGCAAGUUACAGCAAGUUUAAUCCUUGUGUCUAGUUAAUUCUUAUAAUACUCAGAAGGGGACCACCAGUCAGCCAGCAAAGUUGGUGUCAAUUUCGUAAUUAUAAAAUAGUAGUUUAUAUCGUCUCUCUUUUCCCAGAUUCUUUUUUAUAGUAAAGAGGCAUGUAAGUUUUUUUAGUUAACAGAUGUAAGAAGGUGUGUGUGUAUGUGUUUGUUUGGAGAGUUAAAAUUGGCUUAUUUCUUACUGUGUCUUAAUGUUUGUGUUAACUGGUUGGUGAAAUGAGUUCUAGGGAACAUGAACAGUAUAGCAGAAAAUGUGACUAAAAUGAUUAUCAUUUACUUAAAUCACUGAAUUUGAUACAAGCACAGCUAUUAAUUUUCAAAUGUUAUAGUUGCACAAGGAUGUAUUUUAAAAUGUUAUUUGAAGGCAGAAACCAGUUUGCUAAAUCUUCAUUCCUGAUAUAGUUGUAAGUGUAUAUUUGAGGCAUCUUAAUUUUAUUGUUCUUGCCUUAAAUAUUUCUGCACAUUUUCCCCUGAAUGAUUCCUGAAUAGCAAAAAGUAUUAACACUCCUUGAUCAGUUUCAGUGUGUUGUUUCACUAUUAAAAUAACAUCAGUUUUCCAGCUAUUUUCUAAGGGUUAAUAAAACAAAUGGCAAUUAUUAGUAAGAGAAUCUAAAUGUGAUUUCUUAUUUUAUGCAUUUAUGAAAAGAAUCUGGUUGCUUGCAGAAGCAUAGUACAAUUUAUGUUCCAAAUGGACUUUGUAUAGUGGAUUUAAAUUUUCAGCAUUGCAGUGAACCCAUUCUCAAAAUGCUGUGACAUUUGAACAAGUUUGAAAGCCAUUGUUGAAUGAUAUGGAGCUUUUGUUCUAAUUCCAUAUUGUCUAAGAUGAAUCGGGUUUUACACCUUGAAAGUAGUCAGGGAUUCUGUUAUAUUUUUAAGAACCAUAAAAAUGUCAAGCAAUUUGGAUUAUGUUUUGCCUAAAAUAAAAGUGGCAGGGCAAGAAACAAAAUUAGGGGAAAAAUGGGAGAGGGGUGUAUGUGUGUGUGUGUAAAAUUUACAAUUAGCAUUUUUCUAAAAAAUUAAAAAAUUUUUUAAUUAAAAUAAUUAAAAAUAAGUGCCGUUUAGAAAACCUUUCUUGGAAUUUAACAGAAAAUGUGAGUUAAAGGGGUCACAUUUUCCCUUAAUGCCAUUCUUUCCAACUUGACUUUACAACCCAGUAAAGAAGGGCCUAGUUUCCGUCUUACAUUCUUUGUUAUUGAUUUUCAGGGAGAUACUUUGCAGCUGGGCUAGGAGGUCAUAAAAUAGCAGCUAUUGACAAUAUUACGAUUUUGGUGGAGGGGAGAGAGCUGUUUGCUCAAUAGCACAACCCAUGUCUGUUUUAUUCCUAAGCCAUCAGAAAGGUUAUGUACAUUGUAUACAAACAUUAAAGUUUUGACUUUUAACAGUGCUUCUCAAAUUUGGCCUGUAUGUAUGAAAAUGCAGAUUAUGAUUCAGCAGUUCUGGGCUUGAGGCCUGAUAGUUCAUGGCCAAAAAUUUCCACAUGAUCCAUACAAAUGCUCAUGUCUGUGGGUAGGCCUAAGAUGCUACAGGCUGCGAAUUAGGUGAUAAUAACUCAAGCAGGUUUAAAUCCCAGGAAUUGUUGCUACAACAGAUAAAGGUUAGUAUUUUUUAAAAUAAUUUUUUUUCAGAUUUAUGUUUGGGGGUACAGACUGGUCUUGAAGCCUUCAAAUUAAAGUUCAAAGUUUUUUCAAGAGUUAAAGGUAGAAUUUUGCCUCAUUUGGAGCCUUUUUUAAAUAUGGAAGAUUUACGGUAUUGGAGAGAUUUAUGUUUUUAAGUAGGCAGUUCUAUAUUUCAUAUUGUAAAGAACCUUACUAAGCAGAUUAGACGAUUUGAACCUUUUUCAUUAGUGUAUGUGGAUUAUUUUCUCAUUUUUCUAAUAUAAAAGUAAAAUUUCAAAUAUUAGGAAUGUAUUUAGUCUCUAAAUCUUGCCUUCUAAGUUAUGGGGCUUCAUAUUUUACUAAUAAACAUUGAAAACAGGCUACCCCUAAUUAAGAUUAACUUGGCAGUAAAGUUAGCAGUACCAAAAUAAGUCCUAAAAGAUGUGAGUUGUCAUUUUACUAAAGACUUCUGGUUACUUUGCCAUUACAUUGUUGACAGUUUGUGUCAUCUUAAAAUGGUGCUUGAAAAACAAAUAAUUUUACCCAAAAAAUGAGUUUCUCUGGGCAUUGUUAUGUUGUGUUUCCCUAACAUAUUUUAAAUGCUUUUUGUGUGGAUUGCACUCCUUCAGAGCACUUAAGAAAAUGUAGCCAGAAGUUAGGUAAUGGGGUUUUUUAAUUGAUUUAUCAAAAUUUGUUGAUUUUUUUUUUUUUUUU